AUGCUUGCAAAAGGCAAACCUCGAACACCUUCGGUUAACAGCCAUGCCAAAUUCAAGAGUCAACUGGCCAACAAUGUCUCGCAAUUGAAUCUGAGCUUUCCAACGGCCGCUCAACUUGUGCGUAAAAAUAACAGCCAAUUGCGCCAAACGAAAUUAACUGUCUGCCAGAAGGACAAUAAACUGAAGUACGAAGGUUUCGUCGAGGAAGUGCCCAGAUUUCGGGCAAAGCAGGAAUUUGUCUACGUUCCAACUCCAAAAGCACUGGAAAAGACCAGUUUCGUGGUCAACGCCAAAAAGGAGGAACCAAAAGGGUUGCCAGGUGAUCCGAUGUCUAAGCCAGGACGAAAUUUAAUUAGUUUGGUCGGACGCGUGGAUUUCUGCCUUAAAACCCAUAAAAUGUAUCCCGAUAUUAACGCCAUUUGGAACGUUUACGGAAAACUUCUCCGCAUUAUUGAGGGAAAACGGGGAGAGCAUACUUUGCUGGUGCGAAACGAAAAUUCUGGACCCAUCCUUCAGGGAAUCUACUAUGAUUUUGAAAGUGUUUUGAAAUCUUGGAGCCCAGGCUGUUUUGUUCAUCUUGUGGGCCGAUUCAUUAACGAGAAUCGUUUGCAAACGUUCAAGAUCGCUCAGGUAAGCGAUAUCGACCGGCAGCAAGAAUUUAUGCGCAUAGAAAAUGUGACAAAUUAUAUUCUGAUGCAAAACAAGGUGCAUAAGUAAUUUAUAUUUUAGUAAG